AUGAACGCGGCUCAGCUGCUCCAAGAUUCCUUGUCUCCCAAUCAGGCAGCGAGAGAGUCAGCUACACAACAAUUAGAAGUGGCCGCUAGGGAUAACUUCCAUGGCUACCUUCAUACGCUCGCUGCCGAAUUGGCAAAUGAACAACAAGGAAUGGAUGUUCGUUAUGCAGCUGGUUUAGCUUUCAAAAACGCAAUUGCCGCUCGUGAUGCUGUGAAUCAGCCUGUAUUGACGGAACGAUGGCUCGCUUUACCCGACAACGCAACUGCACCACUGAAACAAUCAGUGCUCUCGACUCUUGGUUCAUCGCAACAUCGUGCAGGUGCAGUUGCAGCUACCUGUGUAUCAGCAAUUGCCGCUAUUGAACUCCCAGUAAAUAAAUGGUCAGAAUUGAUUCCUUCUUUAUUGGAAUUCGUAGGAAAUCAGGAGAAUGUAGGAUUAAGAGUAUCUACAUUACAAGCCGUCGGUUUCAUCUGUGAAGUUAUCCAACCCGAAAUUCUUUCCGCACGAUCAAACGAAAUCCUCACUGCCGUCGUACAAGGUGCACGAAAGGAAGAACCAAGCCAUGAAGUACAACACGCCGCUAUUCAAGCUUUACUCAAUUCAUUAGAGUUUAUCAGAGAUAACUUUGAGCGAGAGGGCGAGCGAAACUACAUCAUGCAAGUUGUGUGCGAAGCUACUCAAAGUCCAUCUGUAACAGUUCAAGUUGGUGCCUUCGAGUGUCUCGUUAGAAUCAUGCAUUUGUACUACGAGAAGAUGGAUUUCUACAUGGAACGAGCCUUGUUCGGAGUAAGUCUCAAUCGAGGUGGAUAA